AUGAGGACCCAUUCGGGCAAUAAUAACGAUGACCUGUCUUUACGGCAAAGGAUGGACUCUCCCAUCGCUUUAUCUUUGAGCGUAGAAUCUCCUCCAUGUGUCAUGUAUGGGCCUGCUAUCGAUUCACCAGGUGCUAUCUUAUCGGGUGUGUUGACGUUAACGAUAAAGAACCCGGCAAAGACGAGGAGGAAAGUUUCCUCGAAUAAAUCUGGUGCUAAUUCUUUGAAAGCGACCUUAAGUAGUGGUAAUGAGCAAUCUAGGAAGAAAAAUGCCAUUGGAACAAGUCUUUCGAGUUAUUUUGGUUUCUCCUCUGCUACAAACUCUUCAGUGAAACAAAACAUGGCGUCAACUUCUUCUAGUGCUAUGGAGAAAGGAUCUUCUUACAAGAAUUUGACAAUAAAAUCUGUUUCUCUAAAAUUCAUACAAAAAAUUCAUUUUAGUAAACCUUUUGUACCAGAAAACCAUCAUAUACAAUCAUGUGCAAAUUGUAAAAGGAAAAUCACGGAAAUGAAGCAAUGGAAGAUCCAAGAAACCUCAAUAGUAAAGCCCAUUGGUGAUCAUUCAUACCCUUUCUCUUAUCUGGUGCCUGGUUCGAUCCCUUCCACUUCAUCUCUUGGAUUAAGUGCAGAAACUCAAAUCAAAUAUGAAUUACUCGCCACUGUGAAAUAUAAGGAUCCAUUUAAUUCUGGGAAAGAUAAUUUGGUAAAUCUAGUCAUGCCGGUUCCAAUAACCAGGAGCUUACAUAAAGGACCUGAUAAAAAUUCAUUAAGGGUUUUCCCACCUACUGAACUAACUGCUGCAGCUGUCUUACCAAGUGUUGUAUUCCCAAAAUCAACCUUUCCAUUGGAAAUGAAGUUAGAUGGUGUAUCAUUGGGCGACAGAAGGUGGAGAAUGCGUAAAUUGAGUUGGAGAUUGGAAGAAACAACACGUGUGAGAAGCAAUGCUUGUUCUGCUCAUAAAGCAGAUUUACAAAAGUUGGAGAAUGAAGUCAAGCAGAAAGAGAUUGAGAGGGGUAAGAAACCUCGUCAUAACAUCAAAAGAUACGGUGAUGUCGGCCCACAAAUCAGAGUGGCAGUUAGCUCCCCUGAGAAUAUGCCCUUGCAACGAUUGAGGAACAAUGACAACUCGAACAAUCGAUCUUCAAACGGAUCAAAUAUGGAAUCUGGUGCCCAAUCAUCCUCUCAACCUGCAAGUGCUACUAGUAACACUAGCCCAUCGAGAAGACCUCAAUCCAGUCAAGAUAUGGAUGAUGACGAUGAUGAAACCGACCAGUCCACUAUUCCUUUUAUUCAUCCAAGCGAUGACGCCCUUAGACAAGAGGUGUUGCGGCAACAGCAGCAGGCAAGAGAAGAACGUUUGGAACAGGAGUUCAAAAAUAAUAAUAGUACAUUAUUUACUGAAGAAGUCAGAAUAAUAUCAGAGGGUGAAAUGAAAAGUGGCUGGAAAACAGAUUUCCAUGAUAAGGGUCAAAUUGAACUUGUCACGGAAAUUGACUGUAUGUCUUUGAAUUCAGGAGUUUCGAAUGCUGUGAGGUUUGUUUCUACAGCAAAGUCGAACAAUGAUAUCGAUAAAAGAAGGCAGUCUAGGAUAAAUAUUGCAGCUGAUAUUCAAGAUCCGGACCUCGGUAUUUACGUUAAUCACAUUCUUGCUGUUGAGAUCGUGGUUGCUGAAGAAGCGCUGCAUUAUGCAAGUGGGCAGCCUAUCAAAGUUAAAUCUAGUCAAGCUGAUCCUCCUCCAAGCAAUAAAUCGAAUCCAGAAUCAAAUGCCGAUCAGAGAUUAGCCGAAUUAUCGCCAAUGUUUGCCAAUAGAACUGCACCAAAGGCGAGGGCUCUAACUUCCUCAAGGACGGCCACUGAUAAUAUGGAAAAUGAUCCCAACAAUUCAAGUACAAAGAUUGUUAGUGUGCCAACAGGAGCCGCAAGAGUAUUAAGAAUGCAAUUUAGAUUGAAUGUAGCAGAAAGAUCAGGUUUAGGGAUUUCGUGGGAUGACGAAGUCCCACCGCUGUACCAAGACAUCAAAGAGCAAUCGCCACCUGAUUAUGUCUAUGCAGUGAAAUCUACAGAUGCAAAUUCCAAGACUGUAAGCGAAUCCGAUGGGAUGAAAUCUAAUGAGAGUGAUAUCCUGGAAUUAAGAAAAGUAAUGACCAUAGCGGUGCCACCAUUAGCACAUGCUCAUGAUGCAGGUACCAAGGAAAGAAGAAUGUCUCUGGCAGAUUCCCAGUCGCCAAGCUCAGACCACCUCAAAAGUUUGCGAGGCACCCCACAAUUUGGUGGGCAAAGACUUUCGCCAUCCAAUACAACAACCGUUGUUAGAAAUAUCUCACAUGCGUUAGAUGGAGAUACAAUCACUCAAUAA